AUGGUGGACAGGAUGCAGGAGACCGCAGAUGUGCUGUGCGGCGGGAACACGUCCUUUAGUUUUUUCAAGGAUGCGGCCGGCUUUGUGUUCAUGCGGGACUAUAGUGCAUCAUCAUCUGCGCAGAGCGAGACGUACGCUUAUCGUGCUGUUUUUGAAGCCACUGGCCUAAAGGGCUCUCGAGAUCUGCAGCCUUCGGCAAUUCGUGUUUCCAGCGACGUGCUGAAGCAGGUCAUCGUGGAGUUUGAGGGUCGGAACCUUGAAAGCCGUAACGACUUCAUGCCAGUCUGCCUGGACAGCGACCACCCCAUUCUGGAGGGCUCUGGUUUGCAAAACUUCGGUGAAGCGGCGGUCCAGCUCUUGCAGGAGAUUUUCCAGACUGAUCGUUUGGACUCCUGCACAUCUGCAGAAGCCUAUUGCGACGACUGGUCUUACCUGGCUUAUAACCUGUGGAGGAUCCGAGCUUUGUGCCCUACAACCUGCGGUUGCAAAGAAGCGCUGACAGGGAGUUUGGUUGCCGUCUCAUCGAAGUACGGCUGUCCUGUGACUCUUGGUGCCUACGGUCACGUUUUGGGAAGGGUUAUAUAA